CCGGGAACUUUCAAGAUGGAGACUGUGGACCAAACAUUUUCAUGAAAUUUUAUAUUUUGUCUGAUUAUUCGAUUACUGACGUCCCCAUAGCACAGCAGAAACAUACCCAAACAAACUAAAUACAUCUAAAGCAUACAAUAAGAAUAAAAAUGGGUGACCCGGAUAAGGCAAUAUCUGACAAGGAAAAACAAAAUGCAACAGAAGAAAAAGAAAAGGACACCAGUGGAAGCAAGCCAGGAAGUGCCAAGUCAAAGCCAGGGAGUGCCACUAGUAAAAGGUCCAAAUCACCAGCUAAUGCAAAAAGUCCAGCUCCUGCAAAAGGAAAAACAAGUAAAGCUGCUGGGAAAAAGGGUGGUAAGAAAGGUGGCAAAAAGGAGGAAGAGAAGAAGCCAGAGCCACCCCCUGAGGAAGAAAAAGAUGAGAAUGCACUACCUGACAAUGUUGCACCAUUUUUCAUGACAUCUAAGACCCAGGAAAUAUUCUCCUGUGUUGCUGAUGAACAUGUCACAGAAGAGCAACCAUUCAAGCUAAUUCCAAAAGCUGAAAUCUUGGAAGAUUUGAAAAUGCGGGCUGGAGUGUCAGAUUUUUCUGUCAUAAAGCAAACAAUAGUGGAUUAUCCAGGUGAAGAUAUACUUGUGGUAUAUGAUGCAGAUUUCAAGCAUGGACAAAACUACCUUAUUGCACUCACAGAGGAAGCUAAAGACAAGCUGCUGAAGGGGCCAGAAGAGGAGGGUGCAGAGGGAGGUGAAGGUGGAGAGGCAGUCGAAGAAGAACAGAUUGAAUAUAAGUACAUCCCCCCAGAAUCUAAGCCUUGGAUAUCAUAUGGCAGUGAGAAGGAAAUUGCAGAGGAAGCAGUUGUAGAAACAAGAAAGCCAAUCAGCAUCAGUGUUAAGAGACUUCGAAGAGAGUUUGGUGCUCCAGUUAAAUUUACAGACCGCAAUGUUGCAGAUGCUAAAGAUGGUUACAUUGAAUGUACCCCAUAUGAAGACAAAACACCUGAUGUGAAGAAAGUAGAGCUUACAAAGUCUAUACAAGCAGUCCCUCAAUUUAUAGACCAGGGAUGUCAGACAACUUGGAGACACCCCAGGAAUGCUGAGGUUCAAUAUUACCCAAGAGAGUUCAAUGAGGAAGAACUGAAGGUUGAAAAUGAAAACCCCAAAGUUGGAGAAUUCCUAAAAUCUGUGGCUCCAAGGUUUCAGCUGGCUCUGCAACAGAAUGAGAUCAUGGAUGUAUUUGCUGAUGACUGGAAUCAACUUGGAGAUGACGAUAGUGGUUUUGGCAGCAAGGCAGAUAAUCACCUCAAGGAAUACCAGUCAUUUACAGAUCUACAGUUCAGCAAAGAUAAAACUAUCACAUGCAUAGAUUGGCAUCCAACUAUAAAAGGUAUUGUAGCUGUAUCUGCAUCAGAGAAGAUAUCAUUUGAUGAUAGGAUAGACAAUGCAGAAAAAAUCAUAAUGACCCCCUCUCUAAUACUCAUAUGGAGCUUUGCUGAUCCCAUUCAUCCACAGUUACUACUGGAGGCUCCUGAUGAUAUCUACUCAUUCAAGUUCUGUAAUACAGAUCCUAAUAUAAUAGCAGGAGGGUGUAUGAAUGGUCAGCUGGUAUUGUGGGAUAUAUCACAACAUAUAGACAGACUUAAAGCACCAAGGGCUAAUGCAAGGAAGAAAAACAAUAAUACUAUUCCUGGUUUUGAAGAUGAAAGUGCCAUGGAUAUCCCCAUCGUAAGAUACUGUGCUGUAUCUAGUAUAGAGAAUAGUCAUAAAGCAGCAAUUACAGAUAUUCUAUGGAUGCCAGAUCAUAUGGAGUUGAACAGAAUGGGUUAUGCAAUGGAAAACAAACUUCAACAAAGUGUACAGAUCAUGACUUGUGCUACGGAUUAUUCAGUGUUGGUGUGGGACACGAGGCCUCCAAAGGGGCACCAGGUGCAAGAUGAGAAGGGUCCUAUGGGGGUGCCAAACACAUUCAAACACCUAGACCUGGUCUGGAAACCACAUCUAAGGGUGUUCCUAUCUAAGGCUGAACCUGGAGGUGAUCACGCUCCUACAAAAUUUACCAUACAAGAAAGACAGGGGGACAGAAGUGCAGUUGAGGAUGAAGCCCCAGGGAUGGAAAAGAAGGAAUCUAGCACUGUUGGGGGGUUCCAGUAUGGCGGUAAGCCAAGCUCUGCCAAGCAGAAUAAACUGUUGAAGAGUGUGCAGACCAAGUUCUAUGUAGGGACAGAAGAUGGAGAGAUUGUCUAUGUAGACUGGAUGCCACAGAAGGACCAGGACACUGGAAAAAUAAACACCCCCAAGCCUGAGUUUUACCACCAAGCUCAUGAUGGCCCUAUAGUUACGCUUCAAAGGUCUCCAUUCUUCAAAGAUGUCUUGUUAUGUAUAGGAGGCUGGACCUUCUCAUUAUGGAAGGAAGGCGUCAUUUCUGGGCCUAUACUUCAGUCAAAUCCUUCAUCCAAGCGUCUUACAGGAGGUUACUGGUCACCUUCUAGACCCGGAGUGUUCUAUAUCACACGUGUUGAUGGCAGCAUAGAUGUGUGGGACAUACUGGAUCGUACUCACGAACCUUCACUAAAUCAGAAUGUAUCAGCUCAUCCUAUUACCUGCAUAUACCCCUACCAUAUAACUAAUAAGCAGCACCUGCUGGCAGUGGGUGACAACUCUGGUACCCUACACAUCAUGGAGAUACCUUGGAGUCUUCGUGUUCCCACCCCUAAUGAGCUACAAGGUGUUACAAACUACUUUGAUCGUGAAGUAAAGAGGAGAGCGUUCGUUGUUGCAAGGUGGGACUUUAGGGAACGAGAGAAAAUGGAAAUUGAAGCAGAAUCUAAAAGAAGAGCUGGGAUUGCGCCUAAUGUCCAGUUAACAGAAGAUGAAAUAGUGUACCGCAUGAAGCAAGAAUACAAUGCUUACUUGGAUGAGGAGGCAUCAUUCCUAAGAGACCUGGGCUUAAAACAAGAGGAAGAUGAACCGCUACCUGAAGUAUAGGGGGCACUGAAUUCAAUGCAUUCCAUCAAAUGAACCUAGCCUUGAUCUCAAUAAGGACUGGAUUCGUAUGAUCAUUUCUCCCAUAACUGCUCAAAAGAAUGCACAUGUAGGACUUCAUUCACACCAAUGCAGUGGAGUGACAUUUACAAUAGAGUACUAAGGAAGACUCUUGAUAUUGUAAUGUUUAAAGGAUUUCAUACUGCACUUAUUUGUUUGCAAGAAUAUAUGUGCAGUGCAACAGACCCUUGUCUGACUGAAUCUCGACUUAUUGAAACUUAUGUGUGUUUGUUUUUUAGAGGCAGUUUGAAACUAAUCCCAACCUUGAGAACCGUCCAUGUAAAUAGCUGAAUAAGAUUAUUCAUAUAUUUUGAAUUCAAUAUUUUGUUUAUUGUAAUAUAUUGUAUAUUUAUUAAAUAUUAAACUGCAAUGUUUUUACAUUGAUGAAUAAAAAUCAAGAUAAAAUAUA